AUGGGAAAAGGAGAUACAGCUAAGACUGAAGUAAGGAACGCUUCAAAUGAGAUGAAGCAUGACUUUGAAGCUUUGUCAAAUGAUGGCAAGUCAAUGGCAACCGAUGUUAAGAAAUCGAUGGAACACAAAGCCAAAGAGGUCAAGAAUGAGGUCAAGAAUGCAAUGGCACCAAACAAGGAGACAAAGAAGGAUAUAAAUCAAGCAAAGGACAAGAUUGCUGAAGGUGCCACUCAAAUGAAGGAAGGUUUGAGGCAAGGCGCUCAAUCCAUCCAGAAAGACGCUGAAGGCAAGAUGGAAGCCGCCAAAGACAAGAUCUCUGACACUGCCUCCAGUAUCAAGAAGGAUGCAGAUGCCAAGGUCGGUGCCGCUAAAGACAAGAUUGCUGAGGGUGCCCAAAACUUGAAGGAGGGAGCUCAGAAUCUCAAGAAAGAUGCCGAAGUCAAGAUGGAGGCUGCCAAGGAGAAGUUUGCUGAGGGCUAUGAGUAUGCCAAGGAGAAGGUUGCCGAAGGUGCAGAGAAGUUCAAGAACUUUGUUCCAACACUCGGUCAAGAUCCAAAUCUCAAGCAGGAAUGGUCUGAGCUUGAGAAGAAGGCCAGGAGCGCUGCUGGAACUUUCGGUGCUGACAUUGGUGGUCCCAAGACUAUUGCUUCGGAAUCUCAGAAUAGUCAAUUCAACUACGGCAGAAAAUACUUUGGAUCGGGAUGGCAUAUCGAUAGACCCACCAGAAACAGUGACCAAGACUUUGUCGAUGGUAAACUCGUUCACGAUGACUUUGGCAGUGGCAGUUUUGUCAUGGUCGAGGAGCUAUCUAAAUUCCAACCACUCAGCAGAAACGUCAAUGAAUCGUUCAUUGACAACCGUCGUCACACUGAAUUCAAAGGUCCAGAGAUGGAAAUGAUGAGCAAGGGUGGUUUCGACCGUAGUGACUUUGAAGCUAUGCAAAGUGCCGAUCUCCACCAUGGAAUCAGAGAUCUCAAGGACUACAUUCACCAAUCCGGAGGCAUAAUCCAAGAGCAAGUCAGCAGAGGUGGAAAGAACUUGGAAAGCCAAUUGAAUCGUGGAAUCGAAGAUCUCAAGAAGGGAUCGAUGUCGUUCCAAGGUGAAGUCCACAAGAAUGCAUCGGUUCUCCAAGACCAACUCAACCAAGGAACAUUCGAGCUUGAGAACCAAAUCCGUCUUGGUACACUCGACCUCCAGGAUCAACUCAAGAAAGACACCCAUGCCUUUAAGAAAUCAAUCAAGCAAGGAGCGUUCGACCUACAAGACAGACUCAAUCAAAACACCAGCCAACUUCAUGGAAAGAUCAACCAAGAGAUUGACAGUAUCGCCACCAACGUCCGUGUCACUGAGAACUUUGAUGGACUCAGAUCAAAGGUCAACAGCGGUAUCAAAACAAUGGAAGGUGAAGCCGGUAAACUCCAACACAAUCUCGAAGUUGGAUCGAUCUCGAUCGAGAAGAAUGCCUCUAAUCUCCACAAUGAAAUUGAAUCUGGUCUUGCCAAACUCCGUAACGACGCCAAGAUUCUCCAAGACAAGGCAGCCAUGGGUGUCGGCGGUCUCAAAGAAGAAGCCAUCAAGUUGCAAUCGGAAGCCGAAUACGGUGUCAAUAAUCUCAAGAAGAAAGCAUUCGAUCUCCAACAACAAGCUCAACAUGAUCUUGACAACUACCAAGUUCAACUCCGUAAGGAAUGGGAGAGCAACUUGAACAAGUUCAAUGACAUCCAAGGAAAGAUCAACCAAGGCACUGCCGAACUCCACAAUCAAGUGCUCAGCGGAACCAAAGACCUACAGGACCAAAUCAAGAAGGGUGCUGCCAACCUUCAGAAUCUUGCCAAUGUCAGUGGCGACAUUCUAGACUCUCACGCCAAGCAGGGUAUCGACCUUUUGAACAAGGAGGCACAACAAGGAGUGAACAGCUUCCAACGUAACCUCAAGUACACUCCACCAUCGACCAAUGUACAGUUCAAUGCCGGUCAAGACCAAUGGGGUAGCGGUGAAGGUUGGUUCAGCAACUUUAUCGGCACCACUCAGAACAAGUUGAACGAUCUCUUCAACUACACCAAGGGUCAGAGUGAAUACAUCGAGGGAAGCACCAGAAACUCGUGGCUCAACCUCGAGAGCUGGGGAUGGCCAACCAAGAACACAUCAGAGUCCUCAGUCACCUACACCAAUAGCAGCGUAUUCAAUCCAAACCUCACUGGUGACUUUAUGCAUGAAACACGUGUCGUCGGCGAGAAAGUAAAAGAAGAUGCCCAGCGUUUCGGAAAUAAACUCAAAGACGAAGCCUACUACGUAAGAGACCAACUCAAGAGUGACGCCAGCGACGCCAAGUCCAAGACUGAAGGAUUCUUCUCCGAUGUAAAGGAGAAGACUCAAAACACCUUGGAGUCCAUCCAGAGAUCCACCAAUGAGACCUACCAAGAAUCGAUGGAUGCCUUGCGUAAUCUACCAUCCAAACUCGGUGAAGUCAGUGACAACAUGGCCAGCGAGACCAACUCAAGCAUCCGUAGACUCAACAGUGACUUCUGGAACGAGUUUGAUCAGUUGAACCACAGAGCCGGUGCUCUCUACGCUGGUAUCGGUGGUAUUGGUGGUGCCAUUGGAAGUAGCUACCUCUUUGCCAACACUAAAUCUGCUGCUGCUCGUUGGGGUAUCAUCUUGGGUAUGGCUGGUCUUGGUGGAUACUAUGGAUUACAUAGACCAAUCCAAAGAAAUGAAUUGAGAAGAAGACAACAUUUCCAAAAGUGA